GUUAUUUCCAGUUUCACCAUUGUUGGGCCCUCCUCAUCAUUGCUGGAGAUGAGCUGGGGUCAGGCAGCUGAGCAGAGGGUCUGUGCAUGCCUGUGCUCUGAGCAGUUGUCUCCAUGCUGGCCUCUGUGGGGCCCUGUGUGGAAGGUCAGUUUUGGAGGCUGUCCAGGAGAAGGACCAUGACUCUGUGGAUCCAGUGGCCCACGCGCCCCAGCAUGGAGUGUCUGUGACAACUAUUCUAGCCGCACCCCUGGGCUGGGAGGUGGCCCUUGGUUGGCUCAGCCUCUCUGCACCUCACCCACCUAGAUCCCAAGUGUCCUGGGCUGGUGCAGGGGGAACUGCAUCCACCCAGGCUGGUGCUGGGGUCAGCAUGUUCCAUGGAUCACGUUUGGCAUGGACUGAAAUGCUAGCUCAGGGAGCGGAGUGCCAUGUGUCCAUCUGGGGAGCACGGCACCGCAUGCGUUGUGAGACUUGUGCGUUCUUGUCUCGGUUACUUGUUCGAGGUUCUGGGGGUGGCUGGAAGGGAGCGUUAUGGGGUCACACACACAGAACGCUUUCUGUCAUGCCAAAAUGUAGCUAAACGUUUGUAACUUCCACCUGGGAAUAAAUAGCAAACGUCAGCCUUUUGCAAAAGCUCUAACUCCAGUCUCCUGUGCAGCAAGGACUGUGCUCUGGGGGGCUAUGAGAGAGACUGUGUCUAUGGAGUUGUGUAUCCAUGGGAGGGUUUCUGUGGUUCUGUAGACUCUGAAGACAACUCCCUUUGUAAACCCUGUGAUACAGCAGGGCCAGGGAGUAGUGGGAGAGUGGUCUAGCAGAGAUGUAUAAUCCCUCGGCGUGGCUCCCUGUAGACUAGGGAAGGUUGCUACAGGUUAAUUGGAGCACCUGUAGCCAAUUAAGGCCCUGUCAGGAACCUAAUAAAAACCCCCUCCUUCGGGCAGACAGGGUGGAGCGAGGAAGGAGAGAGGACUGGAGUUUGGAAGUGUGUUGCUGAGAAUUGAAAGACCAGAGAACCGGAGGAAGGGAGGCGUCAAGGACCAAGGGGAUCCCUACCCAAGGGGGAAGAGGGCACUCAUCAGAGCCUCGAGCAGUGAGCACCGAGCUGGAGCCAUGGAGACUGUGGCGCGCUAUAUGCUUGUUUCUAGUGUGAUACAGAACUGCUACUUGAGGAGCAGCCAGUGCAGUGCGGAACUGGAUGGAGAAGUGAACACCUGGGAUGAGGGAGUUGGAAAUACCCCAGCCUCUGUCACCAGCCUCCUGCAGCUCAGACAGGCUGAUGCCAGAGGAGAGGGGCUCUCUGCCAAGGUCCCCCUGGUAAAAGCAAGUGAGGCAGUUCACACAAGGGGAACCAGCUUCCUCUCACGUCCUGGGCCCAACCUGGAUUCAGGAGCCUCCUUUAUUUCCGCCACCUCGGGGAGGGCCCUGCCUGCAGGAGAGGUUUCUGCCCUGGCGUUGCCCUUGGAACAGGAAGGUGAAGGAAGUGGCACUGCAGCCCCAGCAGGGAGCGCUGCCCAGGGGCCACCUGGAGAUAUCGAGCAUCCCUCAGGGAUGUGGGGCAAGGAAAUCCCCGCUCGCCACAGGAGCAAAGCGUAUUCUCGGCCUGCUGGAAACGCUACAGGGAUGGUACGAUUGCCCACCCAAAGGAAAGAUGACAAUGCCACCUGGCCUCCCGUCACGACAGCAAGGCAGAAAUCUCCACCUGCUUCCAACUGGCUCCCCGUCCUGGAGAAGCAUGACAUCCCGGUGGUUGUGGGGGUCUCCGUGUCUCUGGCUUUGAUAUUCAUUUCCAUGGGGGUGUAUUCAUUCCGCCAGAAAAUAGAGCACGCCAAAGGCAACAGUAUCUCUGCUCAAAAAUCCUCUAAUUCUCGGAGAAGGAGAAAUUACUUGGACGUGGAUGAGGCAUACGAGAACAGGGCAUUCGAAGUUGAAUGCACUGUCGACGCUAUUGGGCAGAAUCCGUACGACAGCAGCACGUCCCCCCGCCUUCUGCAUUCCGACCCCACGCUCCCUGCAGAGGCGGCUGGGCACCGAGAGGAACCUCCGGGUGUUGCUGCUGGCAAGGCUCUGCAGACAGCACAGGCCAGGGCAGCGGAAUUGCUGGGCGGGAGCACGGCUCCAGUUGUGUUCUCUGCUCCUUGCGACGUGCAUGCUGCGUCAUACCAGGACUCCCCAGUGUCCCUGCAGCGUGAGUCUGCUCCUCAGGAGAAACACCCAAGCCCUCACAAAGCUCCACCCUCUCAUGUGCCCGCGGAGUUGAAGAGUGCCAGGCCCGGUGAGCCUGGUGCAAGGGCCCCUGGCAUGUGCUCUGCAACCUCUCCGUCUCUCCAGCACAUUGGCACCACGCUGUAUUUCCACGGGCCUGAGCCACUGCUCCGGAGCAUCGUACCGCUUGGGAGGAACGCCAGUGGGAAUCAUGGCCAAGUUACUGCAGCCCCUUUGGCGGGGAUGGUGGAGUGUUCCCCUCCCGGAGCUCAGUCCAGCUCUGAAACAGUCGUGAUGUCUGUUACAGUGGAAAUACACCUGUAUCCUUGCAGCCCAGAGAUGUCCUCAGCCCCAGCAACCACUCAGACUGUCUCCGAUUCAUCUCAUCCAGAGGCAGCAGGGGCAGCAUCUCAGCAGCCAGCUUCGCUGGUAGGCCCUGGGCCCAGGAGUUUUUUGUGACUGGAUUAAAACUGACCCAGUGAAGUCUUGAAGAGAACAAAAUAACUCUUCUCUGGCAGAGUGAGGCCAGGAGCAGCCGCGUGCCCUGAUGAUUGGUGCUCCUAAGUGGAUCAGAAUAUUCUACUAUGUAUAUGAAUGUUUGUUCUUACCAUGGCCUCCGUUUCUUUGGUCCUCCUCAUCUGCUUCUGUCUCUAGCUUUUUGAGUCGCUCUCCUCUGUGCUGCAUCAGCCACAAACCCCCCAGCUGCAGAAUGUCUAGCCAUAAAAUAGCAAGAAGGCGCUCCAAGUCAUCAAAUCCCUUGGCACUGUGUGUCGGUAGAGUCACAAUUAGGGCUUGGGACACUCUUGGCUUGGAGAAUGAAUUGAGGACAGUUACAAGACCAUUGUUUUACUGUGCAGAUUGCAAAGCCCUGUGUCCUGGGAGCAUCCAGGGAAGGAUACAGCGAGAUCAUGGGCAAACACUGCAGCACCAUGUGCCUGUAGCAGAAUAAGUCCCGUUCUGACGGAACGGAAGACGUGCAAUGAACCCUACAGGAAGUAUUUUGUGUGUCUGGCAUGGAGAUGUGUGACAUUGUGACUGACUGGAUAUCUCAUUCUGUGAUGUGGACACAGAACCCUGCUGGGGGAGAUUAACAUCGGGGUAGAUGUUAUGCUAGAGAGACGCUGUGAAAGAAUGUAAGCGCUGUGUUGUCAGCAUCUGGAGCUUUAAAAUAAACCCAUGGUGACAUGGAUGAAAUGUCAGUAUGCGGUCAGUUCAUCAUCAGCAACGAACACAACAGCAGCUGUGGUGUGAGCAGGCUGCACGGCAGAGAGGGGGCUGUAUGCA